AUGUGUGACGUAAAAGAGGGAUCGUUGCUGAUAGCGGUGCUAGAAAAAGAAAAUCCACCACGGGGCAAAGGACCGCGUGGAACGAUGAGACUAAUAUGGGAAAAUAGAGCGAAUGAAGGUAAAGCCAGGAGUAGAAAAUAUGGAAGAAAGUAA